CACCAGUGCACCAGUAUUAAUGUAUUAUAACUUUGUAACAGGGGAUAAUUUUGAAUCUUGUGAAAGGCCCUCACGAAAGGUUUAUCUGGCCAAACUGAUCAAAGACCCAAUAUUAACAAAAGGCUUCACCCUCCGGCAGUCAUCUCUGUCAUCAUCGAAGUGUCGAACGACUCCCUUCGCGGCUUCGCCCUCCUUCAGGCGCCAGCACUCAGCACCGCAGCACCUCCACUCCGCCAGGCGCCAGCACCGCAGCACGCCUCGUCAGUGGUCGCCUACUCGCCUUAAGCCAGUCGCCCGGUCGCCUGCACUCCGCCACUCACCCUUCGGCGGUUCGGCCAAUCUUCCUUUCUCAAUUUUCAGCUUCCACAGUUCCGGAAUAAAGAAAAUGAAGAAGGGGAUUCAUCCUCAGUUGCAGUGGAUAUCAUAUGUGACCCAGAGCGGUAGAUUGAUGCCGGUAAUGAUGACCAAGAUACACCAAGUAGGCAAGGUCUAUCACUUCCGUGCAAGGCGUCAAAUGGCUGAGAGCAUUGGCCAAAUUGCCAAGUUCAAGCGCCGUUAUGAGAAGAAGGAAGAGGAGAUCAAUCAUGAGAACUGAUCAUCAUUUAGGGCUUUCCUAAAAUAGAAGAAAAAGAGAUCUACAAUAUUUCCAUUGGAAGAAUAUAUGCUACAUUCCUCUGUUUCCAUAAUUUUACCAUUGGUUUUAGUUUGAAAAACACGAUUUUGGCUGCUUGGCUUUUACUAUUUGAGCAAGCAGUAUUAUUGUUAAAUAAUUUGCAAGUUUUUUUUACUUUAAUUUGUGAAACAGGCCCAAUUAUUGGCUGGAAAUUGUUAUGGCUAACCUAAUAUGACCACACUUUGUGAUCAGUUCAGUAAUUUGACCACGUAGUAUGAUUUUUAUUCU